AUGUGGUGGACCACAACCUCCCCCUACCCAGCGGCUGCCCAGUAUAACGAUGAACAUCUCGCUCUUCUCACCCGCAUUAUUCGUGUUCAAAAAACCAACAAAGAAUUGCUCUUCCUUGGGGUGUGCACGGGUUACCACCGUGAAUUGUCUGGGUUUCACAGACUGCCUUGCAACAACAGUGGUGCCUCUUCCUUCGUGCUGCUCGGCGACGGCCGAAUUUCUCAAGCCACGGCAUCCAGGGAGGGAUUCCGCCGGGCUGACUCUUCACUGUCGUGCCGUUUCUCGGGUUUCCCGAUGGAAAUGGGGAUGACUACAUCACCAAAGAUGAAGAUUGGGCUUCUCGUGGAGUGGAAAGGGGUGCCGGAUGAUUGCCCAAGUGCAUGGCAAGGGGCGGGGAAUGCAGGUAUCAACGGGAAUGGCAGGAAUGAGAUAGCACUAAUAGGUUUUUCCUAUGCAAAAACCACCAGCAACACCACAGAAGAGAACAUUGAGGCCCUAAUAUUAUUACAUGGGUCACUAGCUCCAAAACGAUACAAGUACUCCGAAGUAACAAAGAUAACAUCUUCCCUUAAUAAUAAGCUUGGGGAAGGUGGUUAUGGCAUGGUUUUCAAAGGAAGGCUAGAUGAUGGUCGUCUAGUUGCAGUGAAGUUCCUGCAUGACUCCAAAGGUGACGGUGAGGAGUUUGUGAAUGAGAACUUUCACCCAAAGAUUGCUGAUUUUGGUUUGGCCAAGUUGUGCCAUACCAAGGAGAGCAAGCUUUCUAUGACCGGUGCUAGAGGAACACCUGGGUUUAUAGCUCCUGAAGUGCAUUCUCGAACCUUGGGAGUUGUUUCAGCAAAAUCAGAUGUUUAUAGUUAUGGAAUGAUGUUGCUAGAGAUGGUUGGAGGCAGAAAAAAUGUUAAAUCGAUAGCUCAAGAGUCAAGUGAAAAGUAUUUUCCACAUUGGAUUUAUGACCACUUUGGUCAAGACGAUGGACUACAGGCAUGUGAAGUUACACGUGAGAACAAAGGAAUCGCUAGAAAAAUGAGUGUGAUUGGCACAUGGUGCAUCCAAAUAUUACCAAGGAAUCGCCUACCAUAG